AUGCAUUACUCUGAGUCACACAUACACCAGCUGCCAGUGGAACUUUUACAGCACAUAUUUUCACUCAUCGUCAAUGACAUUUCAGACUGUCCUAGUAUUUUCAAAUUGAGCAAUCGCCGUAUCUCUGGGAAUUUUUCCAGCCCUCCCCUAGUCUUCACCCGGGUGUGCCGCCUUUGGCGAGUCACAGCACACUCAACACCGGACCUUUGGUCCCGCAUCCAGGUUACGCUUCCCGGUGGAGACGAAUCAUUGGAGCCAUUUCUUCCAUGUCUGCUUCAAUAUUGGCUCGCCUGUUCUGGUGGUCAGCCUCUCACCCUUCGCAUCAAUCGGGUCACUUUAGUCUGGGAUUUCUUCAUAUUUAAUGCCAGUUGCGGAUCCGUACAAAGUUACAGGUCACUUUCACACGCAGAUCAUCGACUUCUCGAGAUUCUUCAAGCCGAGAGCAGGCGGUGGGAAACGGUUGUUGGUGUGUUACUCGGAGACGAAUGGCUCAAUUCCAAGUUAGAUACGCCACGACUG